AUGGCCGGCCCGGUUGAAAAUGGAAACGGCAAGCGUGAGCGCGGAGCUCCUCCUGAUCUCGACGCUAUCAUUCCCCUCCUUUUUGCUGCUCAUGGCGAUUGGGUACCCAACUAUAAGACCAUGGCACUCCUGGACAAAGAGAAACAUACCGCCUCUGCAUUGGAGCACAAGUUCCGUAAAUGGCGCCAAACGGGGCGUGAAAUAGCUGCACAACAUCCGGAAGUUGUUGUGGAUGCUAAGGCACCAAAGCCUCGUACACCCAAGAAAGGAGGCGAUAGCGAGGGAGCAACGAAUGGUAAUGGAGGAGAUGACACUGAGAUGGACUACACCCCUAAGACUGGAACUAAGAAGCGUACCGCUGCGAAUGGUAAGGCCAACGGCGAGACACCUACCAAAAAGUCCAAGGCACCAAGCAAGAAGCAAGCCAAUGGCACGAAGGCUAAAGUUGCGGAGCAGGAUGGGGAUGGUGAAGUAGUGGUCAAAAGGGAACUCCCUAAAGUUGAGGGUGGAGUCAACGGCCUUGCUACUGAGGAUAUGGUUUUUGAGCAGGCUGCUUGA